GGAUGACAGAGAAUCUCCAUAGACAUAUUGUUAAUAUAGCUCUUCAUUCUACUUUCAAUAUUUUACUUUUGCAGUAUCUCUCAAGAGACUUCCCCUCUUCUCCAUAUUCUGCUAGGGCCCUGGUGUUUUAAUAAAUGUAUCCAAGGGAAGGCUCUAGCUUCCUGGUGAUUACAAGCAUAGCUUGUAUCUUCCCAUAGCUUUCUUUGGACAGGAUAUGAAAUUGGAUUUCCUGUUGGUGUGUGAUCCAUGCGCAAUCCCGCUUCAAUGCGAAAUUCACAGCAGGUGGAGCAGAUGCUGCCUUUUACUGCAAGGGAGGGGAAAAUCGCGAUUGUCAAGCACGACAGACCUGCAGAAAAUUUCUGUAAGUGGGGAUAACUUCUGUUAUUCAAACAGGAGACAGCCACAGCAAGGGAAAGUCAGAGUUUUUUUAAAAAAACAAAUCUGUUUCUUUGCAAAAAGAGGUUUCCGCUGGGAAAGUGACUACAGUCUCUUUCGCGUGGGAAGAUCGGGACAAGUCCAAACUUUACUCCCUGAAGCUCCUAACCCCUAAUUCCUCUCGAGCAGACCUUGGGCGUCUGCUUCCAUUUUAUUCCCAGGAUUAAAACAGGAUCCGCCCAGUGGUGCCCUCUUGCCAAGAGCUUCCAGGUCAGCGGGAAGGCAUCCAUAGGAUUUCGGAAGUCCUGGAGGCGAAGAGAUGAGGGAGCGAUUUUUAUAGGAAGAAGCAUUCUCUGCUUUCCACAUUAAAUCGCUGGCGGUGGGUCCCUCAGUGGAAGGAGGGAGGUGCAGUUUACGGGCUGUGCUGGGAAGGCAGCGGCGCUGGAGGAGUUGCGAGGAAAGCGUUGCGCGGAUCCUGCCCUGCACGCCUCUCUCGGGGAACGGAGUCCGGGCGAGGGGCAGAGCCGCCUUUCCCUGCGGGCAAGGAGAUUUGGUACUGCUUAAGGAUAUAGCUGAGUUUUUCUUCCAUGGAGGAGUGGGCCCUGCUGGAUUGUGAGUAGAAAGCCCUACACGGAGAGGUCAUGGUGGAGGACACAAGGAAUAUGGCUUCCUUAAGUGAUGGAUUGAAGACAGUGGAUGCUGGCCAAGAGAUGGCAGCGACUUUUCUAACAGUCAAUAAGGAAGUUGCAGAAAGAAUGAGUGAAAAGGAAAGGCCUGAAGAAAAGGAGUUAAAGCAGGAGCUGGGGAAAUACUCUAAUUCCCAAUAUGCAGAUAUCAACAUUUCCUUGCACAAUGAUGAUCCCCAAGAAAAAGGAGCUUGUCCAGAAUGUGGAAAAAUACUCAAAGAUGAAUUGGGAUUAUGUGACUGUUAUACAAGCCAUCCCCUUACGUUCCAUAAAAACAUUCCCAAAACAGAAGAUUCAUACCGUGGCCUGGAAUUUGGAGAAAACAUCAGUCAGAAAAAUCACCUGAAUUCAUAUCAGAGUGUCCACGAAGAUAGGAAGCAGCAUCAAUGCAUCACCUGUGGAAAUAACUUCAGAACCAGUGCAGCCCUUAUUUCCCACCAAAGCAUUCACAGAGAGGAAAGGUUGUAUCAAUGCAGGGAGGGUAGAACGAGGUUUCCUUGGAGCAAGGAAUCAAAUUCCAGGGAAAAGAGCCCCACUGGGAAUAGCUCAUGUAAAUGCCUGGAAUGUGGGAAGAGCUUCCGCUCUGCAACUCACCUUACUUUCCACAAUAGAAUCCAUACAGGAGAAAAGCCAUAUCAUUGUACAGUGUGUGGAAAGAGCUUCACCCAAAAUGGCAAUUUCAAUUUACAUAAGAGGGUCCACACCGGAGAGAAGCCAUAUAAAUGCACAGAGUGUGGGAAAUGUUUCAAAACCCCCGGUUCCCUUACUCAGCAUAAAAGGAUUCACACAGGGGAGAAACCCUAUGAAUGCUUGGAGUGUGGAAAAAGCUUUAGCAGAAACUGCACUCUAAUCAUACAUAACAGGAUACAUAAAGGGGAGAAACCUUAUCAAUGCCUGCACUGUGGAAAGAGCUUCAGUCAAAAAGUUCAUCUUAAGUCACACGAGAGGAUCCACACGGGGGAAAAACCAUUUCAAUGUGUGGAAUGCGGAAAGAGCUUCCAUUCCUCUAGAAACCUUACUGCCCAUCACAGAAUCCACACAGGUGAGAAGCCCUUUCAGUGUUUCCAGUGUGGAAAGCGCUUCGCCAGUUCUGGUGGCUUUCAUGCCCACGAACGGACCCACACAGGGGAGAAACCAUACAAAUGCCUGGAGUGUGGAAAGAGCUUCCGUAAACCCAGCCACCUAACUUCUCAUAGAAGUAUCCACACUGGAGAGAAACCAUAUCAAUGCACCGAGUGUGGGAAGCGCUUCAGUCAAACAAGUCACCUUAAUAUUCAUAAAAGGAUCCACACAGGGGAAAAGCCCUAUAAGUGCACGGAAUGUGACAAAUGCUUCACCGACUCAGGGGCCCUCGUUCGCCACAAAAGGAUGCACUCUGGAGAGAAACCAUUUGAAUGCAAGGAAUGUGGAAGAAGCUUCAGUCAAAAAAGAACUUUUAUAAUACAUUACAGAAUUCACACUGGGGAGAAACCCUACAAAUGCACUGCGUGUGAAAAGAGCUUCAGUGAUCCUCAAGAACUUGCUUCCCAUGAAAGGAUCCAUACUGGGGAAAAACCCUAUAAAUGUGUGGUGUGUGGAAAGGGCUGUAGGACCACCAGUGACCUUAGUUCCCAUAAACGGACCCACACAGGUGAAAAGCCCUAUCAGUGUGGUGAGUGUGGAAAGUGCUUUAGUCAAAACAGUUCCCUUAAUAGCCAUAGAAGAAUGCACUCGGGAGAGAAACCCUAUAAAUGUAUGGAGUGUGGAAAGCGCUAUACACAUAGCAGUGCUCUUAAUUACCAUAGGAGGACGCACACAGGUGAGAAACCACAUAAAUGAGUUGAAUGUAAAAAAGUAAUUAGUUAGAAUCAGUCACGUAUUAUCCGUAGAAAUAUUCACCCACUGUUCUGACCUAGGCUCCCUUAAAAAGCAGGAAGCAGAGUCUUGGUUCUGGCAAAAUCCCUUUUAUUUACAUGACUGUGAAUUCUUUCAUUCACAGUCAGCAAAGCCUGUCCAAACAAUUUUUCAAAGGAAUAUUUAUCAACACAGACCUCAUCUCACUUGGCAAGCUACCAUGUAACUAGUUUCAAAAAGCAGUACAAGGCAAAACUUGGCAGAGUCUCGAAACAAAUGAAUUUUUUCCUGCAAAAUCCCAUUCCCUGUUCUCUCCUCUUUUGUUUCCUAUGGAGGAGCAAAUCACCUCCAAAGUGUGGCUUUACUCCCAAGCCGACCCUGCUUUCUUAGUUGUUCUUGUCUUCUGGCAGCUCUGUGCAUGCGCACACUGGGAACAGGCUUCAGCAGUUCCUCUGCCUCACUGCUGUCUAGCUCCCUCUCUGCCUCCAACCCAGAGCCCUCAUCCGAGCUUACCCAGCCCCCAGGACUGGCCCAACCUCCUCACUGUCCAACUCUGCUGCCAGCUGUGCUGGCCACCGGCUGGCCACAACACCCACUGAAGAAACCAUUAAAUGUAUCAAAUGUGGAAAGAGCUUUAUUUUAAAUACUUCCCUUAUUUUUCUUGCAAAAAGAUUUGCUCAUUGGAGAAACUAAUUAAAUGUCUCAAGGUUAUAAAAGUGCUUCAGUGCCUCUUGUUUGCCUAUUCCCAUAAUACUAAAGGAGCUUAAUUCAGAAAAGUGAACUUAUAAAAGGAGCCACUUGGAGAAGUGGCCAUAUACGUAUCUGUACUGUGGAAAGAGCUUCAAGUUACUACAAGAGGAAAGUCAAAAUCCUGUUUGUGCAGCAAGUACAAUAUAGCUGAACGUAAUGGAAUGUAAUUAAGCAUAUGCACCAAAUAUAAAUAUGCAGUGAGGAAUUACAAAUACCCAAGUUUUAUUAAAACCUUACCAAAUGGAAAGUAACAGUUUUUCUUAAUAUUUACCUGUGAGCUGGGUUGAGGAUGCCACCUUACAUUGUUGGGAAUAGGCAUCUGUGAUGAUUAUGGAUAGACAAGAAGUACAAACAGCUAUAGACAUAAGUAUGAAUGCAUUUCAACAUUUUAAGAAUUGAUAUGGGGUGCCUUCUGUUGCACAGAAUUCUAUUGCACAGAAUAGUUAGGCUAGGAAGAUCUAUGAUCUGUUAAUGUCUGAAUUAAGUUACUGUAAUCUAAUUCAAAGGUUCUCAAAUUUUCUUGCUUUAUGACACAGUAUUUCCAUAAACUGUGUAAGAGUGAUGUAAAUGCAUGAUAAUGAAACUUCGUUGAUGUUAUAUACAUAUAAAUUAUACUGCACUGCUUUUUUACAGUGUCUAAUAGUUA